UUGUGUGGGGUGGAUUAGCACUCGGUAGGCACUGGGCGAAACUAGAGCAUCAGUCGGCGGCGGAGACGAGGAAAAAAUACUCAGCAAACACCGGGAUCGUUGUCGCAGAUCGCGACACCGUCCGCCCGUCUCUUCCAGUCUCUCCGGACGGACAUGCAAUUGACAGACUGGGGUGUUGUGUGAGUGACGCCUUGUUACCAUGACGACCCACGUGACCCUGGAGGAUGCUCUGUCCAAUGUGGACCUGCUGGAGGAGCUGCCCCUCCCGGACCAGCAGCCAUGCAUCGAACCCCCUCCGUCUUCUAUCAUGUACCAGGCCAAUUUUGACACCAACUUCGAAGACAGGAAUGCGUUUGUUACUGGCAUCGCCCGUUACAUAGAGCAAGCCACAGUCCACUCCAGCAUGAAUGAGAUGCUGGAGGAAGGACAUGAGUAUGCUGUGAUGCUUUACACCUGGAGAAGCUGCUCCAGAGCCAUUCCCCAGGUAAAAUGUAACGAGCAGCCCAACAGAGUUGAGAUCUAUGAGAAAACGGUGGAGGUGUUAGAACCUGAAGUGACCAAGCUCAUGAAGUUCAUGUACUUCCAGCGAAAAGCCAUCGAGCGUUUCUGUAGUGAAGUCAAGCGUCUGUGCCACGCUGAGAGAAGGAAGGACUUCGUGUCAGAGGCCUAUCUGCUCACACUGGGGAAAUUUAUCAACAUGUUUGCAGUCCUGGAUGAACUGAAGAACAUGAAGUGCAGCGUCAAGAAUGAUCACUCUGCCUACAAGAGGGCCGCCCAGUUCUUGAGAAAGAUGGCUGACCCUCAGUCCAUCCAGGAGUCCCAGAACCUCUCCAUGUUUUUAGCCAACCACAACAGGAUCACUCAGUGCCUGCACCAACAGUUGGAGGUGAUUCCUGGCUACGAGGAGCUUUUGGCAGACAUCGUCAACAUCUGUGUAGAUUAUUACGAGAACAAGAUGUAUUUGACACCCAGUGAGAAACACAUGCUGCUGAAGGUGAUGGGCUUUGGUCUGUACCUCAUGGAUGGGAAUGUGAGUAACAUCUACAAACUAGAUGCUAAAAAGAGAAUCAACCUGAGCAAGAUUGACAAGUUCUUCAAACUUCAAGUGGUGCCACUAUUCGGAGACAUGCAGAUAGAGCUGUCACGCUACAUUGAGACAAGCGCUCACUACGAAGAGAACAAGUCCAAGUGGACGUGCACCCAGAGCAGCAUCUCACCGCAGUACAACCUGUGCGAGCAGAUGGUGCAGAUCAGGGAGGACCACAUCCGUUUCAUCUCGGAGCUGGCGCGUUACAGCAACAGCGAAGUGGUGACGGGUUCGGGCCUGGACAGCCAGAAGUCGGACGAGGAGUACAGGGAGCUGUUCGACCUGGCUCUGAGGGGUCUGCAGCUGCUGUCCAAGUGGAGCACACAUGUCAUGGAAGUUUACUCGUGGAAGCUGGUCCACCCCACAGAUAAAUUUUGCAAUAAGGACUGUCCAGGCACGGCCGAGGAAUAUGAACGGGCCACGCGUUACAAUUACACCAGUGAAGAGAAAUUCGCCCUAGUGGAGGUUAUCGCCAUGAUCAAAGGGUUGCAGGUUCUGAUGGGCCGGAUGGAGUCUGUGUUCAACCAGGCCAUCAGGAACACCAUCUACGCAGCGCUACAGGACUUUGCCCAAAUGACCCUUCGAGAGCCUCUACGCCAGGCUGUACGCAAGAAGAAGAACGUCCUCAUCAGUGUUCUCCAGGCCAUUCGAAAGACCGUCUGUGACUGGGAGGGAGCCAGGGAACCUCCAAAUGACCCCUGCCUGAGAGGGGAGAAGGACCCCAAAGGUGGAUUUGAUAUCAAAGUCCCCCGCAGAGCCGUCGGACCCUCCAGCACACAGCUGUACAUGGUGCGCACAAUGCUGGAGUCAUUGAUAGCUGAUAAGAGCGGCUCUAAGAAGACUCUUCGCAGCAGUCUGGAUGGACCCAUAGUGGUGGCCAUAGAAGACUUCCAUAAACAAUCCUUUUUCUUCACACACCUGCUCAACUUCAGUGAGGCCCUGCAGCAGUGCUGCGACUUGUCUCAGCUGUGGUUCAGAGAGUUCUUCCUGGAGCUCACCAUGGGCCGCAGAAUCCAGUUCCCCAUCGAGAUGUCAAUGCCCUGGAUCCUCACAGACCACAUUCUGGAGACAAAGGAGCCCUCCAUGAUGGAAUAUGUACUGUAUCCUCUAGACUUGUAUAAUGACAGCGGCUACUACGCACUCACUAAAUUCAAGAAACAGUUCCUGUAUGAUGAAAUUGAGGCUGAGGUAAACCUCUGCUUUGAUCAGUUCGUCUAUAAGUUAGCUGAUCAGAUAUUUGCCUACUACAAAGCAAUGGCUGGAAGUGUCCUCCUAGACAAGCGUUUCAGAGCAGAGUGUAAAAACUAUGGUGUCAUCAUCCCAUACCCUCCGUCAAACCGUUACGAGACGCUGCUCAAGCAGAGACAUGUACAGCUGCUAGGUCGCUCUAUCGACCUGAACCGUCUGAUCACCCAGAGGAUCUCAGCAGCGAUGUACAAGUCUCUGGACCAUGCCAUCAGCCGCUUCGAGAGCGAGGACCUCACUUCCAUAGUGGAGUUGGAGUGGUUGCUGGAAAUAAACAGACUAACUCACCGGCUCCUGUCAAAGCACAUGACCCUGGACAGCUUUGACGCCAUGUUCCGGGAGGCCAACCACAACGUCUCCGCCCCCUAUGGACGAAUCACUCUCCAUGUCUUCUGGGAGCUCAACUUUGAUUUCCUCCCCAACUAUUGCUACAAUGGAUCCACAAACCGCUUUGUACGUACAGCCAUUCCCUUCACCCAGGAGCCUCAAAGGGACAAACCAGCCAAUGUGCAGCCUUACUACCUGUAUGGGUCCAAGCCUCUGAACAUUGCCUACUCCCACAUAUACAGCUCCUACAGAAACUUCGUUGGCCCGCCUCACUUCAAGACCAUCUGCCGUCUCCUUGGUUACCAAGGCAUUGCUGUCGUGAUGGAGGAGCUGCUUAAGAUUGUCAAGAGCCUGUUACAGGGCACCAUCCUGCAGUAUGUAAAAACUCUGAUAGAAGUCAUGCCCAAAAUCUGCCGCCUGCCGCGCCAUGAGUACGGCUCCCCAGGUAUCCUGGAGUUCUUCCACCAUCAGCUCAAGGAUAUCAUUGAGUAUGCUGAGCUGAAGACAGAUGUCUUCCAGAGCUUAAGGGAGGUGGGAAAUGCCAUCCUCUUCUGCCUGCUCAUCGAGCAAGCUCUGGUGUCCCAGGAGGAAGUAUGUGACCUGCUUCACGCUGCCCCCUUCCAGAACAUACUACCCAGAGUCUACAUCAAAGAGGGAGAGCGUCUGGAGGUGAGAAUGAAAAGGCUGGAGGCGAAGUACGCCCCACUCCACCUUGUGCCUCUAAUUGAGAGGUUGGGAACCCCGCAGCAAAUUGCCAUUGCCCGUGAGGGGGACCUGCUGACCAAAGAACGUCUGUGCUGCGGCCUUUCCAUGUUUGAGGUCAUCCUGACACGCAUUCGCAGUUUCCUGCAGGACGGGGUGUGGCGUGGGCCUCCACCUACCAAUGGUGUGAUGCAUGUGGAUGAGUGUAUGGAGUUCCACCGCCUGUGGAGCGCCAUGCAGUUUGUCUACUGCAUCCCUGUUGGCACACACGAGUUCACAGCAGAACAGUGCUUUGGGGAUGGGCUGAACUGGGCCGGCUGUGCCAUCAUUGUCCUGUUGGGACAGCAGCGUCGUUUUGACCUCUUUGACUUUUGCUACCACCUGCUAAAAGUCCAAAGACAGGAUGGCAAGGAUGAAAUCAUCAAAAAUGUGCCCCUGAAGAAAAUGGCCGACCGCAUCAGGAAGUACCAGAUCCUGAAUAAUGAAAUCUUUGCCAUCCUGAACAAAUACAUGAAGGCAGUGGAGACGGACAGUUCCACUGUGGAGCACGUCCGCUGUUUCCAGCCUCCUAUACACCAGUCCCUAGCUACCACCUGUUGAACAAAGACCCUUCACACAUAGUGCACACACACACACACACACACACAUACACACACACUUGUACACACAUUCCCCAUAGCUGUGCUAAUUUCUGCCUCUUUCUGGUCUUUUUAGAGGUAUUGAAUAUUACUAUAGCUCCACACUGGCUCACAGAAUCCAAAGACAAAUCCCGUCACACUAUUCCUCCACCUGAAAAGGGACUGUCUUUAAAUUCUUCAAGCCUUUAACUCUUUUUGUGAUGGACCAGACUAGAGGUGGAAGUGUAAAUUCACAUCCCUUUUGUUUUUGUUUUUUUUUGUUUUUUUUUAUUUUAGUCUCUGUGUGGCUCUUACUCUGACUCAUGCAUGCCUUCUCUUACUCCUUCAACUGCACACUUGUGGAUUGGGUGGUGACACAAAUGCCAAACGAGUACCUUUCCUCAGUAAUGUGGAGUCCCAAAUGUUUAUAACUGAAAAUUAGGAUUUGCAGUGAAAAGCAGUGACAAAAAAUAGCAUUGAUUCUCUAAAAGGUACGACAAAUAACAGACCUCUAAGUUGAUUUUAAGUUCAUUAUGGUGCUCUAAGUGCUAACUGCUGCGACUUACAGUACCAUUACCUGUCCUCUAUUACGACCCAAACUUGUCUGUGCUAUAUUUCAGUCUCUGCUUAUUUGUAUAAUAAUCCAGUUUGCCCAUAUUCAUGAUGCAUAGUGUCUAUCAUGAUGGAUUACAAUACUUCUCGACCUCUGUCCCUGCUUGCUGUUCAAUGACUGAAGGUCCAUCGCAUUUUUAAAACUCGCUUUUACGUACCUCACGUCACAUCCGCUUUUCACGUCUCCAGAGCGCAUUUUUAUUCGGACGCAGUUCCACUGUAAAUUUCACUGUUGAAAUUAAGUGAAGUGUUGAGUCUUGUAAUUGUUCUUGUUUUUAAUUAUUAAUAUUUUAAUUUACACAUCUUUGGUAUACUUGCCUCUACUACUGACUGGAAACCUCAUCAACAGCUUUUUUUUUUUUUUUUUUCCUUUUUCUUUUGUCUGUUGGAAAGAUUUUUUUAUAUUCUGUACAUGAAUACAGUGAUAUUAUUUACAAUUUGGAAAAGACACACCUUCAUCUGGGUAAAUGUGUUUGCUUUUUCCAGAGUAAAAAAAAAUAAAGAUGAACAAAAUAAGAUUAGAAAAUACCUCUAGGUUGUAUAAAGACAGUGCUGUACUAGAACCUGUUUUGAGAGUGAAUGGAUGAUGUUGGUCUGGCAGAUCUAUGAAAUAUUCUGCACAUAAAAU